AUGGUUCUUACGCGUGAGCAUAUUCCUUCGCCGGUUAAUCAAAGUUGGCCGUUGGUCGCAGUCCUCACCGCAAUGCACGAAGUAACCACAUGCUCCAGUCAUGACUUGACACUAUUGCUUAUUCCCAUAGAGUUGGCGGCCGCCAGGUUACGCGGUGCGAACGUUUAUGCUGAAAGUCCGUACUUGCCAGAAACAGUUCGUGAUCAGCACACAACUGAAAGUCUAUCUCCGCUGUCUGUGCGGCAAGCAUCGACUACGAAUCGACCGCCUAAAUGUGAUUCCAAGGAGCUCAGACGACUUACUUGA